AUGAAUUUCGCUCCACCUGUUAUACGAUUGAACGAUCUGAUUUCUGGCACUGUGGUGACUAUGGACGAGUGGAUCAAGAAUGAAAUCUAUCGUCUGCAACACAACAUUAAACCGAGACAUUGUCAAAAUUACAGUGAAUUAGCAGAGAUGCUACAUGAAGAUCCAGGCAGAUUUCAGCAUCAUUACCACCAGCAUCUACCGCCGCCACCUCCUUGUCUGCCAGAGGAAUUUGUACAUAGCGGCAGCGAUAGCGAUGAAGAAGACUACGAUGAGCAACAGGCAGGCGUCGACAGCAUGGACCACGACCACGACGAGGAUGAGGAAGAAGAUGGAGAAGAUGCGGAUGAAGAUGACAAAGACGCUACAGACCAGACACAUCAACAACAUACCCAAUUGACCCCGUUGGUGAAGUCUGCUGCCACACCAUCACCACCCUCUUGGCUUUGCCGAGUAUUUAUUGAGUUAAUGCGCUACUGCGAUAGAAUCACAAUCCAAGACAAUGCACCCAAAUUACUGCUAUACGAGUUUCAGCAAUUACGCAUCAACAUGAGCCUUGGAAAGACAAUCGAUAUAGAUGAAUUUAGAGACAGUUUAUCCAACAUACUGUUUGGCAAGAUACAAAUGACAGAGCACCUUGUUCAAGUAUGGAAGCUCAUGUGUGAAUGGGUCACAAAACCACCACUUCACACACAUCAAAAUGCUAUACGAUGGUUAGAUUUAACGUUAUGCGCCUUUAUUGCCGCUGAACAAUUAUUUAUUGUUGGUAAUGAAAAUAAAAGAUAA